GCCCUCAGCUUUGAUAAUUUCUCUCAGCUGACAGUCAUGUGAAUGUGAGUCUCAGAGGAAGGAUAGUUACUGGUCUUUUUUCUCAAAAAAUAUCAAGACCUGUACCUGGUGUGAUGGGAGGAGCCUCAGGUCAUCGUUAAUGAUUCAACACCAGAGCUGCUGAGAUUGACAGAUAGAGAAAAAGAUUGAGAGUGAGAAAGAGACAGAAAGAGAGAGAGAGAGCUGGAGAGAAGUAAAAAUAGUUAAAAAAAAAAAACAGAAAAAAGAAGAAGCUGAGGAGCAGACAUGGGGAUGUGAGCUGGGGGAAAGUGUGCAGCAGCAGAAGUAAUGCUAGAGAGGUUGCAGACUACAUCUGCUCAGGUGUGUCUGGGGGUCAAGCAGGUCUCAGAUAGUGAACACACGGCGUCUCUGCAGCUGAAAGUAGAUCUUGGAAGCAGUUCAGGGUGAAUAUUCGGCUCCUGUGAUCCAUGCGGCCUUUAUAGGCUGGACACACGUUCAUCUACUCAACUGAUCCACACACAGCCUGCAGUCAUGGAGAAGCAGCUAGAGGAGCUGAAGCAGCAGCUAGAAAAGCAGUGCAUGAUCAACAAGGAGCUGCAGAGGCAAAACAAAUACCUGGAACAACGAUUACAGGAGAAAGAAAAACUCUUACAGGAGCUGCACACUCAAUAUCAUGAUCUAGAGUUUCCCUCUCAAAGCGGUAAUGAGAUUGAACCUGAGGUCAGGAAGAGCCGUGCGGCUGUCAUUGCCUCCGAACCAAUCCCUGAGACCCUGGAGAUUACAGGCAUGAGGGUCAAGAAAACUGUCAGCGAAACGAAUCUGAUCGUCAAAGCAAUCCAGAAGAAUGACUUCCUGAGCCGCCUCGAUGAUGAGCAAACAGCCAUGAUGGUGGAUCUCUUAGCGGUGUCUAACUUCAAACCAGGAGAAGACGUCAUUAAAGAGGGCACUGAAGGAGACAGCAUGUACAUAGUAGCAGCUGGUGAGCUCCUGGUCACUCAGGCAGGCCGGAACCUCCGCAGCCUCAACACUGGUGACGUGUUUGGAGAGCUCGCCAUCUUGUACAACUGCAAACGGACAGCAACAGUCAAAGCGAAGACAGUGGUGCGUGUGUGGUGCAUGGAGCGACAGACCUACAGAACCAUCAUAACCAACAAGUCCAAGAAGAAACGAGAACAGCUCAUGGGCUUCCUGAAGACGUCUCGUACUCUGAAGGACCUGAAUGAUGUUCAGUUAUCCCAAAUCAUUGACUCCAUGGAGGAGGUGAAGUACCAGGACAAAGACGUUAUAGUUCGAGAAGGAACAGAAGCAAACACGUUCUACAUCAUCCUCAAAGGAGAGGUCCUGGUGACCAAGAACGUGAAUGGGCAUCAGAAGCAGAUCCGUAGGAUGGGAAAAGGGGAGCAUUUCGGGGAACAGGCCCUUAUACGGGAAGUCCUGAGAACAGCGACCUGCAGCGCUGACGGCCCUGUUACCUGCUUCUCCAUUGACAAAGAGGUGUUUGAAGAGACAAUUCCCAUAGAGCACCUGGAGCUGUUUGACGACUCCAAAGUGCUGCAGGAGGCCCAGGCUCAAGAAAAGUCCAGUUCUGUGUCUGGCUCGGAAAGUCCCAGCUCCACUCUGAGGUUUAAGGACCUGGUCCCCAUGCUGUACCAGGAGGGCCGCCAUCAGGGAGAUCCUGUCACAUUGGGAGUCGGAGGGUUCGGGCGUGUUGAGCUGAUGACCACGGUGAACCAUGGGAAAUAUUACGCCAUGAAGCGAGUCAGCAAGAAGCAUAUUGUUGCAAAGAGACAGGAGGAGCACAUGUUGUUUGAGAAGAAGAUCCUGAAAGCGAUCCAGUGUGACUUCAUCGUCAGACUUCAUGCAGCUUUUAAAGACACACGAUACAUCUACAUGGUCAUGGAGUUCUGUGUUGGAGGAGAGAUCUGGACCAAACUCAAAGAAGUCGGGCGCUUUGAUGAGCCCAUCGCUGUGUUCUGCACGGCCUGCGUGGUGGAGGCCUACGCCUACCUGCACAAGAAGAACAUCAUGUACAGAGACCUGAAGCCAGAGAACCUGAUGCUGGAUGUGAAGGGCUACGUCAAACUGGUGGACUUUGGUUUUGCAAAAGAGUUGGUGCGUGGUGAGAAAACCUACUCAUUUGUGGGUACUCCUGAGUACAUGGCUCCAGAGAUCAUCAAGAACCAGGGACAUGACUUUGCAGUUGACUUCUGGUCUCUUGGCAUCCUGAUCUAUGAAUUACUGGUGGGAAGCCCUCCCUUUUCAAGUUCAGAGCCCCAGAAGAUUUAUGCCAAGAUUCUGGAUGGUGUGCUCAAGUACCCACCUUACCUGAGUGAGGCAGCCAAGUCCAUCAUCAGCAAACUGUGCAGACCUCGGCCAGGUCAAAGGUUAGGAAACACCAAGAAUGGAAUCAAAGAUGUCCGGCAUCACAGGUGGUUCAGCAAUAUGAACUGGCACAAGCUGCGUGUGGGUCAGCUCGACGCCCCCACAGUCCGGCUCAUUCGCAAGGGUCCCUGCUACAUCAACUUUGACCGUUUCCCUCUUGAUCAGACUAAAGCAGAGGAGGAGUUCUCUGGCUGGGACCGUGACUUCUGUUAAAGGAUCAAGUUGCCAAAUCAGACAGUUUAAGAAGAAAUUUGAUGGCAGUUGGAGCUUCAUUUUAAAAACACACAACCAAUUUUAUACUAAUUUGAUUGUUAAAAUAAAAUAAAACUACAGGGAAUCAACUCAUCCACAAUAUAUUUUUUUAAUUUUUUUUAUAAACUUCUCUGUUGCCAUAGAGAGACGCAGCCGUUGAGGUGGCAAAGGGCCAAAAAUAUGAGGUGUUGAGACACAAUGUUGGGACAUUCUGUUUCCAAAGUCAGAGCUGGGAGUUUUAGUGCCUGAUGAAGAAGUGUUAACAACAUCAUCCAUGCAACACUCUUCACUGACUCACUGAUUAGAAUAAAACAUUACAAUCUGUACAAAAGGCCAGCUCAUACCUAACCUGACAAAAUGAUCAAUGUCAUAUCUGUAUUGUACUCCAAAGUUUACGGUUCUUUUGGAUCUAUGUUAACUUUCGAGAUAAAACAUGCUUAUGUGCUUUUUUAUUAUUAUUGUAAACUGUCACUUUAUUGUGAAGGUUUUCCUUUAUUUUGCAAAUCUGUCCACUUUUUGUGUGCAGAUUAUUUUCAGCACCUUGAUUGUAUUUUAAAAAGAUCAUAGACCAUCCUGAGAAAAAAAAUCUACAUGGCUUGAGUUUAGUAAAUAAAAGUGCUCUUAUAUGCUUAAA